AUGGAUGAAGUCAAAGGAAGAUUACGCAAAGUACAGGGAAGACACGGGGAUACAUGGGAUCCAUUCCAGCUGAACCCAAUAGGAUCUGAGAAGGAAAGCAAGAGAAUAUGUUUCCAACUGGCCCAGUACCUGGUGGCUGUUAUUGUGGGGUUAGCCGUGUUGACCAGUGCUGUUAUCGCUAAGGGCUCUCUCUUAGUGUUGUCAACGUUGUCCAGUCCAUACUCCAUGCGCGACCCAAAAGAAAGACAGUUCUACAUGCUGAUGUUGGUUUUCUGCCUUGUCUGUCCCAACUUCCUGGUGUUCCUAAAAUCACUAUGGAAGUGUGCCUUCAAGAGCUUUGUACAACCCAACAUGAAAACCAUGGCAUCGAUUUGUGCCAUUGAGUGUCUGGUGUCUCUUGGUACUUCAAUCCUGGUGCUAAUCGUUAUGCCUCAGUUUGACGUGUUGACGAAUCUCUUCAUCAGCGGCGGAGUCUGUAUUGUGUCUGCCAUUCUGCAGAUAGUAUACAGACUGCAGAGAGACAAAUGGAGAAUCCUGUUCCCAAUCUGCUCCCUCAUUCUCACAGUUGCUGGUUACUGCCUCCUGGCGACCGACUACUAUGUUCGUGUAACAUCACAUGUGGAUCGACAGGAAGGCGACUGCUAUUACUACAUUGGAAUUGGAAUUUUCUCUUCACUUCUCAUUUCCCUGUGCUGGUGGGAAAAUCCACUACAAGCUACUCAUCGCAUGCAGGAAACGCUGUCAGAAUUGGAAGGUUUCAGGGACUUUGUGUUUGUCAUCAGCAGUAUUCUGAGGAUAAUAGUGAUAGGAGGGGUAUACCUGCUCUACCAUGUGUUUUUUGAGAAAUCUAUCGUCUGGUCGGAGUUUAACCUGACGAAUGCUGACUGGGAAUUACUGCAAAUAGGACUGGUGCUGUUUUUCUUACAGGCUUUCUGCUCAGCAGCCUGCCACUGGUUUGGUGUGGUCGCCUGUAAAAUUCACGCAGUCAGGAUGAGUUUUGCACUUCCAGUAUGUUCCACGGGACCUGUAGUGCUACUGUUGGGAAUAAUACUUUUCCUGACAGAGGUAGACAGAUUGGAUGGAGCUCAACAUGGGAGCAUCACAGAGUUCUGUGAAAGCUUGGCAGGCUUGAGUCACAAGAACACUACCCCUGUCGUUUUACUAGAAUUAACAAGGAGCAUUUGUCGAACUUCUCUCAACAGCUACUACUUGCAAUGGCCUUUUUCAAUGCUGGCACUGGAGGGAGUAUGUAUGUGGUCAGGCUUCGUCACGUGUACCUACUACGUAUGGAAGAUCAAGGUCCAGCGUAUCGAGAGAACCUCUCAGCUGUUUGUUCGUCGACUCUAUGAAUCUGCCUUCAUUGACCUGUCUCUGUUACUCAACACCAAGAUGAAGCUGCCAGGAGCCAAAAACCAAGAAAACCAUGAUGACAUCCAGAACUGUGUGAUAUAUCUUUGUGCCACCAUGUGGCAUGAGACCUAUGAUGAAAUGCUGAAAAUCCUCACCUCCAUGUUCAGGUUGGACCGCUAUCGAGGUGAUCCAAAGGAGGAACAUAAUGACUGUUUUGACUUUGAGUGUCACAUUUAUGUAGAUGAUGCCUACAUGACUGAAAAGGGCACAGAAAAGAGGCUGGUUAACUCUUAUGUUACUGACUUGAUCCAUGUUGUCAUAGAGGUUUAUAGGGUGUUUACAAACAAAGAACCAGAUGAUGUGUCAAUCAUUGAGGCUCCCUACGGCGGCAGGCUAAUGUGUGUUAUGCCAGAAGGCAACAUGCUGUAUAUUCACCUAAAAGACAAAGGACUCAUCAGGAACAAGAAAAGAUGGUCCCAGAUUAUGUAUAUGUACUAUCUACUUGGUUGGAAGGGAUACAUCGUCAAGAACCCUCAGAAGAUCCAACACCAGAUUAACCCAAGGAGAGAAAGUAUGAUCUCCCUCUCUGGAGAGAUUUAUCUGUUGCCUCAGUAUGACAAUGACCAGAAGAGAAAAUUCAUCUCAGAUGACAACACUUACAUCCUGGCUCUGGAUGGAGACACAGACUUCCAACCUAAAGCUGUGAUUCUGCUUGUGGACAGGUUGAGGAUGUAUGACAAUGUAGGUGCAGCGUGUGGUAGAAUCCAUCCAACUGGUAUGGGUCCCAUGGUGUGGUACCAAAAGUUUGAGUAUGCAGUUGGCCACUGGCUACAGAAGACAGCAGAGCAUGUGUUUGGCUCUGUGCUGUGCAGUCCAGGAUGUUUCAGUCUUUUUAGAGGAUCUGCCAUAAUGGAUGACCAUGUAUUGAAGAGAUAUACAACAACUGCAACCAGAGCUUCUGAAUAUGUGCAAUAUGAUCAAGGGGAGGAUCGUUGGCUGUGUACUUUGCUACUGCAACAAGGGUGGCGUGUCGAAUACAAUGCUGCAUCAGAUGCAUACACCAACUCACCACAAGAGUUCAAAGAGUUUUACAACCAGAGGAGACGAUGGGGACCAUCGACACUGGCAAAUACACUGGACCUUCUGAGCAGUGGUUCAGAGACGGUGAAGAGAAACAUUUCCAUCUCUAGGCUUUACAUCUUUUACCAGAUGUUCACUGUUGGUUCCUCAAUCCUUGGUCCGGCCUCUGUGACUCUGAUGGUGGCAGGUGCUUUCCAGUUUGUUCUCAAAAUUGCUGGUACACUUUCCAUUAUCAUCGCAUGCAUCCCUCCUGUGUUCUACAUCAUCAUCUGUUUUGUAACAAAGAGUAAUACCCAAAUAACCAUCGCUGCCAUUAUGAGCGUUCUGUACGCAUUCCUCAUGACCGCAUCCUUCUUUUCUAUCAUCGGUGACAUGGUGGUUCAGGGCACAUUCCUAACACCCACUGGCGUGUUUUUGGUGUCUAUGACAAUAAUGUAUGCAGUGACAGCUUUACUACACCCAGAAGAGUGUGGGAUGAUCAUCUAUGGUCUGAUGUAUUUCAUCUGCAUCCCCAGUGGAUACCUCCUAUUGACCAUCUACUCACUGGUUAACAUGAACAAUGUGUCCUGGGGCACAAGGGAAUCCAGCAAGGGAGAAGGAGAAGUGAAGAAAAACCACAAUCUUCUGUGUGACAAAAACUGCAGACUAUGCUGCUGGGAUGUGAAGUUACAGGUGACACAGGAAACCGAGAAUCUGAUGCUUCAACAGAUCACAGGCCAGAUGUCAGCGCAAGCCACUCCCGUUCCAAUCACCAGUCAGGACUCAACAACUCAACAGGCAGAUGCAAAGACGGAGCCUCAAGCCAAAGUCAAUACAAACGAAGAGGACACUGUGGAAGAAGAAAAGAAACCUCAAACUGACAAACGCAAAGGGAAUGUGGCAAAAGACAGUGACUAUACUUCCAUUAGCAGUGAUGACAGUAACAAGACAAAGACAUCAUCACAGAGUGUAUAUGACAAAGAUGACGCUGGGGAUGAGGAUGAUGAUGACUCACGAUUUCCUGACCAUGACGGAACAGAUGAGGCUCGUGUCAGUGACUGGGUAUUGCCAGUCAAAGAGGAGUUUUUGAAGAAACUGACUUAUGCCAACAUGAAGAGAAAUCUUGAACAACAAAUACGAUACUCACUCCGUAACAGAGAUGAUGAUGAUGUGUGUGAGGAGUUGGUCUCAAUGUUAAAAGACACUCUUAAUGCAGAGCUAUGCGAUGUGGGGCCUGAAGAUGUCCUGUCAGAAACCGAUCUGGAGGAGCUACAAUGUACACUGGAAACUCAGGCUCGGCAUAUCCUUAAAACCAGUCACAUGGAGAAAAAAUUAGAAAAGACAGUAACCAGAGCAAUCCAGAAAACACUUACUGCCCCGCAAGUGCAAAAACUUGAAGAGAGUGAGCACGACUUCUGGAACAAGUUAAUCGAACGCUACUUGACCCCUAUUUCUGAGAGUCAAGAACAUAAGGACGCAGUCAACAGAGAACUAAAGUCACUACGCAACAAGGCGGUAUUCCUGUAUUUCAUCCUCAACGUGCUAUGGGUGGUGGCUACCUUUUUCCUACAGGCCAUUGGAAAUGAUGUCAUCAGCAUCAAGAUCCCUAAAUACUUUCCAAACGGAACUGAAUCUGGAGAAAUCCUCAAGGUGGAGCCUCUCAGUUUGAUGUUUCUGUUGUCUUUUGCCGUUCUUCUCCUUGUCCAGUUUCUGGCCAUGUUGUAUCACAGAGUCUACACUCUGAUCCAUGUGGUUUCCUAUCGCAGCACAGAGAAAGACUACAAACCGAAAAGACCUGAGGAAGAUGAAGACUACUCAGUAAUAGAAAACCACUCUGCCAAUGGACUUGUCAUUACCAGUGAAGAUCUGUAGGACAACCAGCUGUAACCAGUGAAAGCCAGCGACCAGCAAACCACACAGCAGUGCUCUUACCACCUGCUAGUAAAAUACUUAUUUUUACAGCUUUCCC